UAUUUAACGAAGUGCUAUUCGUAAUAGUUUAACUUCCACUGAAAAAUAAUAAUAAAGUCUUAAUUCUAGGGAACAGUAUCCGAUGAAAAAUUAAACAAAUAAAAUUAGAUAUAAGAGCAGAGUGCGCGAAUGAGAUGCUUUGUACACUAACGCUGACAUAUCUCGAAACGAAUGAAACGUAUUGACGUCAACUGCACGCAGCAGUUUCGCGCUAAAAUGAUACAUAAAAUGUAUUGUCUGCCUUAAUACAUAGAGACAAAAAUAAAAUUUUGCAGCGAUCGAGAUCAUUUUCAGAUAUCUCCAAGACAAUGUUUUUUCUUACAGCACACACCCAAACUCUCGCUUGUUAUGCAACAUCAUUGUUAAAAAUUAAUACGCACAUCGACCUAAAAAAGAAAUUCAAUAUCUAGCGAUAUCGUCGAAACGUAAAAACAAGUUUAUUCCAGCGUGGCGUAGGCAGUUGUUUAAUCGCUUGCAGUGGCGUUGGUGUUUAUUAUUUGCCUCCUUCUCUCAUUGAAGAGAUAGAGAGAGAGAGAGAGAUGCAAGUGCAUCACGAGCGCAUCGUGACGAGCCGUAAGGUGCUGCCGCCGUCAGGCACUGCUGCAGUUUUGAUACAUGUACACACAAGCACCGCAGGAGAAGACGUCACCAAUAGCUUUAGUAGCGCAUCGUCGCCGGGCGCCAGUUCAGUCCACGCGCUUUCCCACUGUGUCUCCCUCGUGCAUGCGUCUGCCGUUCAGCUCUUCAUGUGAUAGUUUUUAUUUGUCGCGGCUUGUGUGCAAGGUGUGCGGAGCAUGUGGGCAACCUGUUGCUACUACCGGACAGAUACAUGUCCUUAGCCGUUGCAGAUAGCAGACGAACGGUGAAGCUGUUCAAUGAAGCGGAGGCGUCGGAGUUCAGGACAAGUUUUUGAGAACUGCAACAAGAGAAAGUAAAAUCUGCGUUCAACGUGGACGUCUGAACAAGCAAACGCACAGUACGCGAGUGAGUGUCCGCGACAAGAAAGGAAAACGGCGAUAUACGAGUGCAAUCUUCCGACCGGGAGGAGCUCGUUUCAUAGAGAAGAGCGAGUGAAAAAGCGCGCGAACGGCGCCGAGCGGUGAGAAAAAUCGUCGGGUCUCGACGGCGGGAGGCGUCGGGGCCCAACGUGGUGGCGGUACAUUCUCGACAGCUUGCGGCAAUCAGUCAACGUCCGAAGACACAGACGAGCCUCGCCACGAGGCCUCCGUCGAGGAUGCCGCCACUUCCGUUCCUACCUGGAUGUACAGGCUCUUUGACGAGGGUGGAAUAUCGCUGGACGACAGCGUGGCGGACUGCAUCAGCUUCGCGUCGUCGGCGGUGUCGUCGAUCGGCAUCAAGGCCGAGCAGCCGAGUUUCUUGUACAACAACAACAGCAACAGCCUAACCAUGGUCGCCCAGGAGAGCCAAGCUCAGGCUGGCUACGCCGAGCUGCUUCAGCAACAUCACCAGCCACCACCCGAGCCAACUUCGGAUAUGAUAUCGCUGGAAGAGCUGCGGCCGAGAGCAAGGCCGUCCACCAAUUCCGACUCCGGCUCCUCCUUCGGACACGGUUAUCAUCAUCACCAAUAUCACGCCAGACAGCAACAGAGCUACUAUAAUCUCACCAAUGUGCACCAAAGUUCGUGCUCGACAGGCUACUUCGGCGACCUCGAGGCCUCAGCCCCAGCAGCGGCAGCGGCGGCGUCGACAGCAGCAGGCGGUCUGCAGGGCAGGCCCGCGGACGCCGGGCCUGUCCAUGCUGCCAAGCAAGAGAGUCAGGCUGCCAACAGCAGCAACGAGUCGACGACAACAGCCGCGACAACGGUAGCAAUAGCUGAGCCUGCACAGUUGUCUUAUCAGCAGCAGCAGCAGCAGCAGCCACCGCAGCACAUGGAGACGACUCCACAGCCGAAUUCGAGCAUGAUAACCGAACAACAGCAGCAGCAGCAGCAGCAGACUCCAACGCGCGCCGAAGGAAAAUCGUCGUCGAGACAGUAUCACCAUCACCACCACCACCACCAUCAUCACGCGAGAAACUCACAGGACGGUAGUCAGAGCACAACUGGUGAUCGCAACUCAACUGGUAGCGAGUCGCAGUUUUACUCCAAGAAGAGGAAGAUCUUCUACAACGAUGGUAGUGAAGCAAUGGACGACCAGGCCGACGACGCCAAAUCCGUCAGAUCGAACGACGACAGUAAAAAGCAGAAUCACAGCGAGAUCGAGAAGCGCCGCAGGGACAAGAUGAACACGUACAUCACGGAGCUCUCGGCGAUGGUGCCGAUGUGUCACGCGAUGUCGCGCAAGCUCGACAAGCUGACCGUGCUGCGCAUGGCCGUGCAACACCUAAAAACCAUCCUUGGCGCCGUGACUUCUUACACCGAGGGCCACUAUAAGCCUGCUUUCCUCAGCGAUCAGGAACUCAAGACUUUGAUUCUUCAGGCAGCCGAGGGUUUCGUUUUCGUGGUAGGAUGCGAUCGCGGCAGGAUUCUCUACGUCUCCAAGUCUGUCUCGCAGACUCUGAAUUACUCUCAGGGCGAUCUGCUGGGGCAGAGCUGGUUUGACAUCUUACACCCGAAGGACGUGGCUAAGGUCAAGGAGCAGCUUUCCUCGUCGGAUCUCAGUCCCCGCGAGCGUCUCAUCGACGCUAAGACGAUGCUGCCGGUGAAGACGGACGUACCGCAAGGUGUAUCGAGGCUGUGUCCAGGAGCGCGACGCUCCUUCUUUUGCAGAAUGAAGCGAAAGGUGGACAGUCGUUGUGCCGAGUCGCAGAUCAAGGAGGAGGCCGACACAACCACUGGCUAUCACAGGCGGAAAAAGCAGCAGAAUUACGACUGGAAGUACUGCGUGAUUCAAUGUACGGGCUAUUUGAAGUCGUGGGCACCGGCGAAGAUCGGGCUGGAGGAGCAGGAAUCCGAAGUCGACGGCGAGGCUUGCAACUUGUCGUGCUUGGUCGCCGUGGGCAGAGUGCAGGCUCCGCUGGUGGCGCCGACUUCGACGCCGCGCAGACUGAGAUUGCGCACCAUCGAAUUCGUCUCGCGACACGCCAUGGACGGCAAGUUCCUGUUCGUCGACCAAAGAGCUACGUUAGUGCUGGGCUUUCUCCCGCAAGAACUGUUGGGGACCAGUAUGUACGAGUAUUACCACCACGAUGAUAUACCCCAUCUGGCGGAAUCGCACAAAGCGGCACUACAGUCCUCCGAAAGAAUUACCACUCAGGUGUAUAGGUUUCGUAGUAAAGCUGCGAGCUUCGUCAGGCUUUGCUCCGAGUGGAAGUCUUUCAAAAAUCCCUGGACCAAGGACAUUGAGUACCUCAUAGCUAAGAAUUCCGCGGUUUUCUCGGACACGCGGCAAGUCGAGAGUAGCGCUAAUCGCUCCGAAGGUGGCAGCGUGCAAGAGAAUUACGAUUACUUCGCGCAAAGUAACGGAGGAUUGGAAAGGCUAAUAUCAAGCCACGUUGAGGUAAGUAAGAUCGGCCGUCAAAUCGCGGAAGAGGUUCUGGACCUGCAAAGGCGCAGCGAUCAAGACUCCUCGUCGGGCAGUAGCCCGACGCCUGGACCGGAACCCACUCUGCUUAACCCCGAGUCGCAGAUAACGACAACGGCAUCUCCAGAGCAGCCAACGGAAGUGCGACAAGGUGCGGGCAGCGACAAUAGCAGCAGUAAUCGAACGUCAACGUACAGCCAGAUGAACAGCAAUGUUCAACUCAACAUCAUUGCCAGUGAUCAAGGUAGAGCUCGAAGAUUUUCUUUCUCAUUCAUAUACGAAUAUAUGCAAUGUACCAACGUGUGGAUCGUAGGACCACCAGUUGAAGAAGAAAUGAUGGAGAUAAUCGGUGGUACAGCGAUAAACGAGUCGCCAAAUCCAGUACCAACGGACGGAAACGAUGAAGCUGCGAUGGCUGUGAUCAUGAGCUUACUCGAAGCCGAUGCUGGUCUCGGUGGACCUGUCGACUUCUCGGGAUUACCUUGGCCUUUGCCUUAGCGCGUCGACGAACUUUUUAAGUGUGCUGUGAAAGCGCGUUUGUCGCAAAUGAAUAUGCUCGUGGCUCGUUUGGACAUAAAAGACGUGAGGACAUAAAAGUCGUUUGGACAUAAAAGAGGACGUAAAAGAAAAGAGGAGAAACUUGAUGUCUUUUUUGAUCGAUUUUCAAUUUGACGAAAGAACAAAUUCAACGUAUGUUGUGAUAAUUUACAGUAGAGUGAAUUGUGUACGAGCAUUAUUUUUUAAAUGUUAGUAUUGUUGUAUACAAAGCUAGAAUGAAAAAAGUAUGGUGCUGAAGUUACAACUUUCGAUUACGUUCAGUUUUACUGUGCUGUAUUUUAUGUUAAAAGUUGACAAAUGCAUGAUUCAUGCGAACAUAUUUAUUACAAAACAUCAUAUUAGGAAUAGUAUCAGAAUUGGUCAUAUUUUUUAACAAUACGUUUAUUGUAUUGAUGUGCAUUGCUGGAAAUCAAAAUUGAUUACGAUAUUAUCAGUUUUAAUUAAAAUGUAAAUAAAAGAGUUUAUUAUCAAGAAUUGUUCACAUAUUAUUUCUUAAUGUAUGAAUGCGUUCGAUUAAAUUUUCUGUAUUGUAAAAAAUAUGUUUGAUGUAAUUCAUACAGAAAUUGUGAAAAAUGUUAUAUGUAAGAAAUAUAUAAAUGUCCUCGUAAUUAAUUAGGUAAACAAACAAAUUUAGGUGAAUUUUCAAAUGUAUUUUUUGUUUGUACAAUAAGUUUUAGGUAUUGCCAUGUAAAUACUACGUGUUUAUAAAAUUUAUUUAUAAACAUUCAGUGUAUUAGAUUACAAGUAAAUAAUUAUUGAUUAUAAGUGGGAGAAACUUUGUAAAUUAGUUAUAUAUGAAGUUAAUGUUUACAUGGGAAAAAAACAUCAAAACAGAUAUUGUGUAAUGUUUUUUUUGCGAAUCUCGAAAAGGUUUUUUGUCUGGAAAAAUAAUGUCGUAUGAAAAAAAUCAAUGUGAAUAUUAAAAAUAUAUAGUAAUGAAAGUUUUAAUUUUUUUAUAUGAUUAAAAAAAUUUUGCCAUUGAUGAGUAAUUAAUUUAAUUCAACUUAGUUCAAUUCAAUUGGCAAAAUUGGCAAAACUUUAAUCACUUAUCAAUGGCAGAAAACAUUUUGCCAUUAAUAAGUAAUUAAUGUAUGUACAUAGCUUUGUAAAGUUUUUGUAAGUAUUUAAACAAAAUAAUAUAUAAUUGUUUCCACUCAAAAUAGAAAAUAGUAUUUUAUAAUUUUCAAUUGUGCAAUAUUUACAUAAAAACGCAUCAAAGUUGUUUAUGUAAUAAUAACAAGACCAUGAAAAUGUGAUUACAUUUAUAUCUGCGUAAUCAUUUUUCUUAAAUAAAGUGUUUAUCAUUUCACGAGAUGAUUGAAAGAUGCCAUAAAUGAUAAAAACUAUUUUUCCUUAAAUUGUUUUUUUGUAAAACAUUUAGAAAGUUUUGAUUUAUAAUUUAAUUAAUUUCUAUAAAGUUUGUAAAAUAUUUUUUAACUUUUUAUUGAUUAAUGAAAAUUUUUUUAUAAUAAAAAAACUAGUACCGAAAUAAAAUCAAUUUUGUACUGUUCACAUUGAUUUUUGUCGCAUUAAAAAACUUAAAAUUAUAACAAUUGUAUGGUGUUAAUAGUUCCCUUCACUCCAUCAUUUCAUAAUUAUAAAUAGUUUUUUAGGUAAAGUCAGUAAAAUCUAAAAAAGAUAGAAUCGAAACAAAAUUUUGUGGGGCUUAAAUUAAAAAAAUUUUAUAAAUUCUAUUUGACCGUGUGAUAUUAAAGCAAUGAAUGAAAGAUUUCCAUAAAAACACUAGAAAAUUGAUAAUUUAUACAAGUAUAAAUAUAUUUUUGCUUUAAAUUUUAGACAUUUACAACUUCUAUAACUUUGUUUAUACAUUUCAUUUAUUAAAUUUAAUCUUCAACAUAUGAAAACUCCAAGAGUGACCUCAAUAAUGAAAAACAUUACUAUCAACUUACUUGUUAGAAUAUUAGAAAUUAA